GUUCAAAUUGGCUGCGACGCGUGGUGGGGAUGUCUCACGGCUGGUCGUGGUUGCUUCGAAAGUUUUGAGGUUAUAGCGAGCGUCCGGCAGGGGAUCGGGUUUCCGAUUGUGAGUUCACCCCACGGACGACGUAGUUGGUAGCGGCAGACGCUUUUCGUCGUCGCGAGCGAGAAGGACGUGUGCCGAUCGCGGGUGGCGCUGCUAUUGCGUAGCCGCCGCAUUCACGUGAAUUCGGCGUUCACACGUUACGUGCGGCAAAGUGGACUCGAUGUCGAUAACAUGUCGGCUGCGAACGGCAUCAGGACGACGCGGAUGCACGGGCUGGCCUGUCGGGCCGUUUGACGAUUAUUUAUGAAUCCACGGAGAGGUUUGAGAGAAGGGUGUCCACGGUACAACAUGGUCAAGGAGAAGGCGAAUUCGACCCGCAUCUACGACUCGGAGGGCUACAGACGGAGGGCUGCCUGCAUCUGCGUCAAAAACGAUCUCGAGGACGAGGUACUACUAGUUACAUCCAGUCGAAGACCCGAUAGUUGGAUAGUACCUGGCGGUGGUGUCGAGCCUGAAGAGGAACCUGCAGUCACGGCCCUUCGUGAGGUCCGAGAAGAGGCUGGUGUUCUAGGACAAUUGGGUCGCUGCCUCGGCACAUUUGAGGUUAUAACCCGUGAUAACGUCGAACAUAAACAUAGGACGGAAGUAUGGGUUAUGCGGGUAACCGAGGAGCUGCCAGAAUGGGAGGACUCGCGCACCAUUGGUCGGAAACGAAAAUGGUUUACCAUACCGGAGGCUUUACUGCAGCUCGGCCAGCACAAACCCGUCCAGCGCUCUUAUUUGCACAGCCUCCAUAAUACUAAUCCUCGACAUAAUCCUACCUCUCAGUUAUCCAAUCAUUCACACUCUACGAUGGCAUCGAUCGAAUUAAUGAAUAACUCUAGUAACAAUUCCCAUUUGAGUGAACAUAGCUAAUACCAUUGUGGAUGGCUCAUUUCUAUCGAAACUUUGAUCACCAUGAAUUUUCGGGGCAAUUUACUGUUACUCCUUUUUUGUCUUCUCUCAAGGGAAUUACAAUAAUAAUUACCGCUGUGUUUUAUAUACAUAAAUUAAUAUUAUCUUUAUUAUUAUAUUACUCUUAGAUUAAUUAUUUUAUUAUUAUUAUUAUGUUUAUAUUCAGUACAGAUUGUUGAAAAGUCGACUUACAAGACAAGUUCGUUUGUAGCUCAAGUCUUAUUUCUGAUAUGAUUUUUUUAUCGAACGCGAAAAAAAAUAAUCGUCAUCGUUUCAUUAUUGUUUAGUAUUUUGUGCCUAAUAUACAUAGAGUGUCACACACACGAUCCUUUCCCACACAUCGCAUCCUGAUGAAACAGUUGUGCGAGAACCUAUUGUAACUUUUUCUACAUUUUUUUUUAAAGCGAAGGAAAAGUUACACACUUGUUAGCGUACAGACGAUAAAUUAUCACUAUAAAAUUAUGUACUUUGUAUAUUAAAUUCUUGAAUAAAUUUUGUAAUAAUUUCUGC